AUUGUAUGUCAAAAGUCGUAUGAAUUGUCAAUUGUCAUUUUCUGUGACAGUCAUCUAAAAAUAAACAUUUUACCGGUUAUUUGUUAAUUAAUCAGUAAUUGGAACUAAAGCACAUAACCAUGACAGGUGUAAAUUUAUUUUUGUUAGUAUUUCUGUUGGUGAAGUGUGUGAUUUGCUUGGAACGUGAAAUGACAGUCAACGUUGAGGCUAGGAGAGAAGACUGCUUUUUCCAGCCAGCCAAGGCAGGAGACACCAUUGAUUUUGAAUAUCAAGUAAUAGAUGGGGGUCACGGAGACUUGGACAUCACAUUUCACCUCGUGGACCCAACCGGUAGGAUUUUGGUGGCUGAUUACAAGAAGACUGAGAACAAUCAUCGAGUCGAUGCUGCCAUGAAUGGAGACUACAAGUUUUGUUUCGAUAAUUCGUUUAGUUCGUACAACACAAAAACAGUUUUUUUUGAAAUGAUUGUUGAAGGUGAUGAUAAUUCGGAGUGGGAUGAUGAAAAUAUCGACAUGCUGGGACUAAGGCCUGAAGAUGUUUACGAAAUGAAGGUUCAGGAUAUUCAACAAGUUAUUACUAACGUUAGAAACCAUUUAACUAAAGUGAGACAUAUUCAGGAUUUGUUGAAAUCAAUUGAGGCAAGAGACAGGAAUGUAAUAGAAGAGAAUUUUUUUAAAGUUAACACGUUUUCAAUGGUGCAGAUAUGUACCAUGCUUGUGGUUGGAUGUAUCCAAGUUGUGAUGGUUAAAAGUUUGUUUGAUGAUAAUUCAAAAGUGCACAAGAUAUGGAAAAAUUUAAAUAGGAGAUAGUGAUUUUGCGUUAAAGAUAAACAGAUGUAAAUGAUUUUAGACAAUUUAACCAGUGCAGUGAUUAAUAAAUUCCUCGUUAAAUGAUAUUUGAGAAAAAAAAUUAAACCAAAGUUGAUUUUGUAGUGCCAUGGUGUAUGUGCUAGUCAGAGAUAUUAUCACAAAGCAAUAAAAUAUUUUAGUUCUUUAUUUAUUACUGCAACUGUUUCAUAAUACAUUUUAUACAAACUAAAAAUGUAUUUUUAUGAACCCACAACGGAUUGAAUAAUAAAUUGAUUACAUUUCUUA